UUCAAACGGUUUUUUUUUGUCUCUAAAAAUGAUUAGUAAUAAAGUUUUUAUAAUUUUCCUUUUCAUUGCUGUCUUUGCAAAAUCAGUUAAGACUGGAGGAGAUUCCUUUUACUCUGAUUCCGCAGUUGGCCAAUCAAUACCAGAUGAAACAAGUGACCCAUCAGCAGACGAUUCAUCAAUAAAUGAAUCUAUUCCUUCAAGUGAGGAAGAGGAAAGUGAUUCCCUUUCAACAAGUUCUCCAGAAAACGUAGGAAGAGAAGGAAGAAGAGGGAAAACAGGAAAAACAUCUGGCAAUAAAUCUCGAAAUGAUAUGAAGAAUACAAGAAAAAAUCAAAAUAAGCCUCAGAUGAGACGUCAAAAUCUGAAUGGCCUUCAGGAAAAGGAAAUAGAGAGAUUAUCUGAUGAUAGUCCUUUAUUAGAUGUUGAUUUAGAUGAAUAUGCUACUGAAAACCUUGAUGAAGGAAGUAAUGGACCGUUUGAUGACGUUAUCAAAGAAGAAGAUGAAGAAGAUGACAAUAAUCUACCUAUAUAUAUGGAGAGUACAAGAAAAAGUCAAAAUAAGCCUCAGAUGAGACGUCAAAAUCUGAAUGGCCUUCAUGGAAAGGAAAUAGCGAAAAUAUCUGAUGAUAGUCCUUUAUUAGAUGUUGAUUUAGCUGAAGAUGGUACUGAAAACUUUGAUGAAGGAGGUGAUGGUCAGUUUGAUGACGUUAUCAAUAAAAAUAAUGCAGAAGAUGACGAUAAUCUGCUCAUAAACAUCGAAGCAGCUGAAGCAGAUAGUGGGAAAGAACAUGCACCUGGUCGAUUACUUGAUUUAAACUUAGUCCCCGGAGGUACUGGUCACGGGCUUGUGUGA